UAUCAGUCACAACGCAUCGUCAACUUCCCCUUCUCUGUACUCUCUCUUCUCCCUGCAACUCCCCUGUCUCUCCCUGAGACUCUCAAAUCAAGGCUAUCUCAAUCAUCAACCUCUUUCACUCUCCUUUAGUUCUUGAAUCCGACGGAAAUCUUGACUCUCUUGAUACUCGAAUUUCGAGAUCUUGUGCGACUUUGCAGAGGUUUUGUUCCAUAUCGGCAUAAUCCGAUAUUAGGUUUUAGUGGGCGUGUGGGAAAUGAGGGAUGUUCUCGUGGUUGGCAAGGAUAGUAAUGGCGUGUUGGGGACCGGUCAAGCAAUAUGCCCGUAUGAGCAAGGAUGAUCAGGACGCCGAUUCAACUACCGGAGAUUCUCUCAUCUGGUGCAGAGACCUUGAGAAGCAUUUCUACGGAGAUUUCUCAAUUGCUGUAGUGCAGGCCAAUGAGAUCAUCGAGGACCACAGCCAAGUUGAGACCGGCCCCAAUGCAAGUUUUGUCGGCGUUUAUGAUGGCCAUGGUGGUCCUGAGGCAUCCCGCUUCAUUUCUGAUAAUCUCUUUCGUCAUCUCAUGAGGCUUGCCGGAGAAAAAGGAACCAUCAAUGAAGAUCUUCUCCGGAAUGCUUUUGCUGCAACUGAGGAUGGUUUUCUUACUCUUGUGCGGAGAACAUAUGAGAUAAAACCAUUAAUGGCAUCAAUUGGGUCUUGUUGUCUAGUUGGAGUUAUUUUGAGGGGGAAAUUGUAUGUUGCUAAUCUAGGGGAUUCUCGAGCAGUAAUUGGUUAUUUGGGUCGGUCGAAUAAGAUAGUGGCUGAGCAGUUGACUAGGGAUCACAAUGCAAGCAUGGAGGAAGUCAGACAGGAACUCAGGUCCUUGCAUCCAGAUGAUUCACAUAUUGUUGUCAUGAAGAACGGAGUAUGGCGUAUCAAAGGCAUUAUUCAGGUAUCUAGAUCAAUAGGAGAUGCAUAUCUAAAGCGGCCAGAGUUUUCUCUUGAUCCAUCAUUUCCCCGUUUCAACCUUCCUGAGCCCAUUCGUCGGCCUGUGCUUACUUCUGUACCCUCCAUGUAUUCAAGAGAUUUACGACCCAAUGACAAGUUCCUUAUAUUUGCUUCUGAUGGGCUUUGGGAACAGUUGACAAUUCAGGAGGCUGCAGAGAUAGUGCAUAACAAUCCUCGAUCUGGAAUUGCCAGAAGACUUGUGAGAACAGCUCUAAAUGAGGCAGCUAGGAAGAGGGAGAUGACAUAUGAUGAGCUUAAGAAGGUUGACAAGGGGGUGAGGCGGUUUUUUCAUGAUGAUAUUACAGUUGUUGUGAUCUUUAUAGACCAUGAAUUGCUUGAGAAGAAGAUAUCUGUUCCAGAGCUGUCUGUGCGGGGAUUUAGUGACACCGUAGGACCAUCAAAUUUCAACAUUCUCCAAGGAAUUGAUGCGAAUGCAAGGUCCAUUAUAUGACAGCGAUAUUGAGAUUAUCUAUCUUGUCAUGGAAGUCUGGGGUUGCAACCAUCGAAAUGGAUUCAAUACUCUUGCAUCCUGUGUUGUUUACUUCAUUCUUCUGCCAAAGCUUGAGCUUGAAUCCUUCAUUUCUUUAUUUCACGGUAACAGUACUGGCAGGGGAAAAAUGCUCCUUACCGUUGCCCCCCACGCCAAGUUUCUCAGUCAUGUAUGUCGUAUUUGUUGUACACAAUAAUUGUGCAGUAUACUUUGCCUAUUCUCAUAAAUUCGGUUGUCUGUUAUUUUA